UCUGAGCCAGACAGGGGAGUGAAGCGUGCGUCUGACAGCGUCUAUUUAUAUCACCGUAGCCGCCCAGGACGAACAAGGGUCCUGACCUGCAGGAAAGGCAGCGGGGGAAGUUUCGAGCCCUUUUGUUUAUAUUCUUGUUCAGCAAUUCCUGUCUUAGUUAUGUAGGGCAGCAGAAUUGUCCUUGAUGGCGCUGCUACCAGGUUCCGCGUCCACGUCUUCCAACCUACCGGUAACUUACUCCGAGCGGAAGACUGUAACCUUCAAGGAGACGCCGGAGAUCCGUUACAUGGAUGAGAAGGUUGCUCCUAAGGAGCCCGCUUGCGAGCCUGAGCGAUACAACGCUACGACUUCGGAUAAUGUGUUGCCGGCAUCUGCACCCGACACCGCCUCGGCAACCCCAGGUGGCACCCGCAGAACUCGCACCUCGCAGGAUGCAGCCCAGCCGGGCCUCUCCUGGUACCAGCGGCUGAAGAAAGCGGCCAAGGCGCUCAAACGCGAGGUCCUUGCCGUCUACUACGCCAUGCGGCACCCGGACACCCCCCUCGCCGCCAAGGCCCUCGGAUUCCUGGUCCUGGCAUACGCGCUCAGUCCCCUCGACCUCAUUCCCGACUUCAUUCCGGUGCUCGGGAUCCUAGACGACCUCAUCUUGCUGCCUCUCAUGAUAGCGGGCGCAAUCGCGUUGGUUCCGAAACCCGUCAUGGAGGAAUGCAGAAGACGAGCGGUCGCGGAGCCGUUACGGUUGGCUCGCAAUUGGGUCGCGGCGACAUGCGUCGCCGUGAUCUGGGUCGGUUGCAUUGAGGCGGUUGCGUGGUGGUUAGUGAUGCGGUACGGCACGCAGGAGAUGAGGAGAUGGCUGCCGUACGGAAUGGCAGCGGGCGGUACGGCGUGUGCGUGUGUGUUUUGCGUGUGGUUGGCGGUACGGGUACGGAAGGAGG